GCAAAUUUGUUGUAUCGCUGAUUGUCUUGAGCUGAAAUUUGAAGUUGGGCACACAUUUUUGUCCACAAGACCCGAUUCGGUGGCACAAAAAUAGCAUGUUCGGUGUUAAAACUUCUACGUUGGCUGACAUCUGGAGUUUCUGUUUUCUUAAUGUUAGUCGACAGUCAGGUCAGGAUUAAUUCAACAGGUUUUAUCGGAUCCGCAAUGGGGAAGUCCAAACAAACAGGAAACCAUAAGAGUGACAAGAAGAAGAACAUCUCAAAGACAUGGAAGACAAAGCGCAGGACCAAAGACCUGGACCAGAUCCACUCAGACAUGAAGCCUGAGACUGCAUCCAAGCUGCUACAUCAGGAGGUGGACUACGAUGUGACAGGAUGUGCACAACACUACUGCUUACACUGCGCGAGAUAUUUUGUGGAUAUGAGAUCCUUGAAAGAGCACUUUAAAACUAAAGUGCACAAAAGACGGUUGAAACAGCUCAGAGAGGAGCCCUACACCCAGGCAGAGGCAGAGAGAGCAGCAGGUAUGGGCUCCUACAUCCCUCCAAAAACUGUUGAAGUGAAGACACAGCCUGUGGAAGAGGACAUGGACUGAGAGCUGCCCUCUUUAACAUGGACUGAUAAACUCAAUAACAGAAGCGUUAACAAAAUAGAUAAUGCUUCUGUUAUUCCUUGCUGUCACAAAUGUUGAGUGCAUUGUUAAAUGCUUUUUAUGUGACACACUUAAAGCAUGGCUGUUAAGACUUCUGGCUAUCACCAGGAUCAGGAAAACCUUACCUUAUAUUGGGUAAUGUAAUGCAACAUGUACCUAUGUAAAUAUUGAGUAUGUGUAGAACUGUGUUGAUUGCUAAUAAACUAUAACACAGGGUGGAUUUA